AUGGCGCCUCGUCGCUGGCAUCACAACUGCCGGCGCAUGGCGUCAUUUGUGCGUAUUGGUCUUUACACACUUCUCUUCCUCAUGGGCUACAUUGUCCCGCUUAUCAUUUUCUAUAAUCGCUCGGGCACAGAGACCUUCGAAGAUACCCCUCGUCCAGGUGAGAGGUUUAUCAGUGACGAGAAUUUUUUCCACUGCAUCGCGGAGCGUCUCUCAUAUAAGGACCAACACCCAGCACGAAUCCCGUACGUGCUAAUACCGGUGACGAUGGAUUACCAGGACAUCAAGCAACUCUUCUGCAAUAUUACAGUCCCCAUGACGUACAUCAUGUUUAUUAACAAUGGCAUGUUCCGCCCACUGCGCUCGCUUCUCGACCGUCUCGCCGUGGAGCUGAGGGACUACGUCGACCAGAAUCUCUUUAUCAUUCACCACCCAGAGAACAUCGGCUACGCGUCUGCCGUGAACGAGGGUUUGCGGCACGCUCUCAACUUCUCCGUUGCCCAGGUGCCGUGGAUCUUCAUCACCAAUGCCGACGUGCGCUUUGCGCCGGGGCUCAUGGACGAGUUUGUCUCGCAGGCACACAUAAGGACACAAGGCCAGCUCGAGCGCAUUCGCCGCCUCGACGAAGAGAUCGUUGCCGAAAUCAAGACGCUGAAAAACGUGCCAGACCCGCGGUUUGCUUUCCGCAGCAGCCGGCACCCCAUCGUCACGGCAUCCUCGCUGCCGUAUCGUAUUCGGACCAUGCCCCCAGAGCAGAUGAAGAAGCAGUUCGCCGACGCAUACGGCAUCUUUUUCACAGACCACAAGGAGUUCAUGGCUACAUUUGCGCUGUCCCGCCUCGCCAUUGCGACCUUAGGGUUCUUCGACGAGAACUUCUACCCCGCCUACGGCGAAGAUCACGACUACAUGUGGCGCAUGAAUGCUCUGGGCUACCGAAAGUACUUCUCCGAGCGGGGAAAGUAUGUGCACUUUCAAAACGCGAACCUCAACGUCGGUGGGUCGGCCAAGAACCGGGGCGUCUUCAAGGACACUGCCUACUUCGUCCAGAACGUCAAGUUUUGGCGUAUGAACAAUGAGCUGUUUCGCCUGCAAUAUCGCCAUGCGAAGUGGUUCCCUGAUGAUGUCACCAUCUAUCGAGGUGUCAGACGCCGGCCACUACCGUUUAACGGAACCAUUCCUGUCGACAUGUGGGUACUCGACGCUGAAAGGCAAAGGUCCAUCUGGCAAAUCGGCGAAAGCAUGCGCUGUCACCGCGACUACAAGCCAUACAGCACAAAGCUACUGGACUUUGCUGUUGAUCCUAGCUAA